CAGACUGCAGAGCAGAUGUGGUGGAGGUGAAACCACUGAAGAAGCAACGGAGGUGAGAACAUGCAGCCUCCACCCAGGAAGGUAGGAGAGAUCUUCUCACUUCCUCUUCCUGUCACCUGUGUCUGUGCUGCGUCGUCACCUUCUCCUUCUUUGUGUCUUCUUCAAAGUCAUCUGUCAGAUGUUCCUCAUCUGUUGGACCUUUAGCAGUGACUUUGACCAAGGUACCAAGAAGGUUCUAGUCCGGGACCGCAGAGAUGUUUCAGAACUGUUAGUGAUGGGAGUGUCAGUGUCCAGCUUUCAUUGGUUACAGCAGCUGCACCACAGUGAUGUGUAUUUAAACCACUCCCUGUUUCAGUAGUAGUAGCUCCUGGGAUUAGCAGGGCUAAUUAUUUGACUUAUUUUUUUAUAAACAACUAAUUAUAACAAGGUUUAAAAUGACACUUGUAACGUCAGAACAGAUGGGAUUAUAAAACGGUCGGAAGAGUUAGCACUCCUAUAUGUAUUUAUAUGUGUGUGUGUGUGUGUGUGUGUGUGUGUGUGAUGCCCAGGUAAAGGAGAGUCAGCAGGUGAAGCUGGUCUUCUCAGAGCAGCUCAGUAAACUACAGAACAAACAGCAUCAGGACACUGAGCUGCUGGAGGAGAUCAGGAGCUUCAGUAAACAUCGAUCAGUCGUAGAGAAGGAGUACGCUCAGGCAAGUCAACGUCCAGUUUGGUUUUUGUUUCAGGCUCCGUUCGAUCUUGGCAGGAAGUGCUCAUUAUGUAUUGAUUUCAGCUCCUGUGUCAGUGACACUGGGCUGUUUUCUAAAAGUGUGUCAACACCAACACCAGCACUGAUCUGUUCUGUUCUCAGGCCAGGAACGGAGCCAAAAACCACAUUUAAAAAUGGAUGAAGAGACAAUGACGUGGAGGUGUCAAAGUCACAUGACUGCGUCACAUGACUUCUCUAUUGUACUGGACCUCUACCUCUAUAUAUUGAUGCCUCAGUUUAUGACCCUGUCAUUAGUUCAGACAUGGGGGGCCACAGUGGAGGGGCCAGGUCAGGAGCAGAGAUAAUAGUCAUAAAGGCUAAAACACUCAAAAUGCUAGAUGUGUCUAUGCCAUCUAUUGGGGAAACGCAGGCGUUGCAGGGAAAAGGUAGAAGUAUAAUGAUAAUAAAAUUAAUAAUAUAUUUUGGAGAGGUUUGGCCGGCCGGAUUAAAAGGCCAAACGGGCCGCAUCUGGGCCUCGGCCUGUAGUUUGCCCAUGGCUGCAUUAGUGUAUGACCUAAAAGAGAACAAAGUGGAAAUAUGUCGAGGAAUGUUGUUUUAACGUCCACUGCAUUUCAGGCUCUUCAGAGGUUGGCGGUUCAAUACCAGAAGAGAGACUGGCAGCGAGCGAACACAGACCUGAGUUCUUCUGGCAGUGUGUUCGCUGUGUGGCGCUCGGUGGUGGAUGCUACGGCGCAGACGGCUGCGUCACGACUGGAUGCUGCAGAAAAAUAUCGCAGUUUGAGCGGACGGGCUUCACGCAGUGUUCGAAAUGAAAAGGACGUCCGAGUGAAGAGAGGCUUGGAGCAGCUGCAGGCCGUUCAGGCUGAAGUACUGGACGCCCUGCGUGAGCUGCAGCAGCUGAAGAAGAACUACCACCAGUUGAGCCACAUCGCCAGUGUUGCCAGGUCGAAGGCGGCUGACGUCCAGAGCAGAGCCAAAAAGAAUGAACAUGGGAUUUUCCACUUCAAGACUGGACUUCACAGAACGACUGCCAAGCUGGCUGCCAGGCUAAAGGAGUGUGAGGAUGGUUUGACUGAAGCUCGUAACCACUUCCUGUUGACUCUGGCUGCAGUGAAUGCUCAUCAUCAGUUCUACUACACAGAGGACCUGCCUCACGUCCUGGAGCAGAUGGAUGGGAGUUUUUAUGAGGAUUUGAAAAACGACUUCUGUCUGCUGUGUGAAACAGAGUUGGACUCCUGUCUGAACACACACAAGUACUACAGUAAUAUCUGGGACAACGUGGACAAGGUGACCAGGGAGAAAAACAUCCAACAGUUCCUGCAGGAAUCUCCUGUCUUCAACCAACCAACUGAGUUUGAGUUCCAGGCUGCUCCACGGGACCAGCUGUGUUCACUGCAGGACGUCUGUGACUCUGAGGUCGAAGGUCAUCUGAUGAAGGAGGCAAAGAAGUGGGCUGCAAGAGCUGCCAAGGACCACAAGAUGGCGACCCACGGAGAGAGGGCUCUGCAGGUGUUGGCGGGUCGUCUGAAGCUCCUGUCAGGUCAGACCGGACUCAGCGUGGAGCGGAAGAUCUCAGAGGUCCAGCACAGCGUCAGGAAGGCCGAAGUGAGCAGGAUCAAAGCAGAGGCUCGACUGGCUCUGUUGGCAAACAGUGUGCCGGGAAUCGAACAGUGGAGGAGUAAGGCCAUGAACCAGGCCGCAGAAGAGCUGGAGAGACAGAGACGGCUGAGUGAGCGGAGAAGAUCUACUGAGGACUUUUCAGAGGAGGAGUUUGAGCUGACGGACUUUGAGGAGUACGAUGAUGACGACAGGGACAUCUUCACAGAUCCAGGAUCAGCAUCUGGAGUGUGUGUUUAUCCUGCAGACUGUAAAGUUAUCUACAGCUACCAGGCCUGUCAGUUGGACGAGCUGUCAAUCAUCGAGGGGGAGGAGCUUCAGGUGGUAGAAGAUGGCGACGUGGAGGACUGGCUGAAGGUGUGUAAUUCAUGUGGUCAAGUGGGCUACGUUCCUGAGCGUUAUGUGCAGAUCCUGUGUCUACCAGCAGAGGACGUUGUUCGGCUGGACACUUCCUUCAGUUCAGUCUCUUCACUGGGAAAACAGGAGGGGACGGGAACCACAGGUUCAGCACCGUCUGUGAUUAUGACGAUGGGUGAAUUUUCCAGUAAAGAAGCAGAACCAUAUUUGUCCUCAGGUGUAGCCAGAGCUCUGUACUCCUACCAGGCCCAGAGUGCAGAGGAGCUCUCUUUCCAGGAGGGGGCGAUGAUCAACCUGAUACGCCGUCAGCAUGGAGCGGUGGACGAUGGUUUUUGGGAGGGAGAGCUGAAUGGACGUCGUGGUUUCUUCCCUUCACUGGUGGUGGAGCUCAUACAAGAUGACAGAGAGGAGGAGGAGGAGAAAGAGAAACAGGACAAGGAGGUGCAAACGUCACAUGUGCUGCCUCUGGAGGCCAUCCAGACCCCCCCCACACCCACUCUGCCUCCCCUCUCCAUUUCCCCAACUCCUGGUUGUAGUUCAGUGACUCGGCCACCAGGCUUCCUGGAGGAACGCCGGCCGACCUGUGCAGAUGGCGUGGUCUCCGACAGUCGACUGAAACCGUGUCGACCUCCUCCCCCUCCUCCCACACUGAAGCCCCCACCUCAGCUGUGAGACUCGGUGCUGAGAACUGAAUGAACGAAGGCAGACGUCAAAACACACUUUAUCUCAACUGUUCUAGAAAACUGGAACAACAGGAAGACGUUAUAGAUCAGUGGUCCGCAACCCCUGGGCUGCGGACCGGCCUAUGGGUCAACUGGUUCCGGCCGCACAGAAAGAAUCUUUUAUUCAUUAUCUGAUUCAGAACUGCUCCACCCCGUGGAGACCGAGCGUUAACAGACAAGCGCGAUGUUGAAAAAUAGCUGUAGGUUUUGUGUCGGUCGUAUCACUUUAUUAAAGGCCGGUCCGUGAAAAACAUGUCAGACAUGGAACCGGUCGGUGGUUGGUGAUGGUCGAUGGUAAUCAUCUCCAUAAAUACUGUCCAAACACUGUGGAACUGUGAGUCCACCACAGUAGAAACUCCUUAUCAUCUCAACAGACUUUUACCAUCAACACAGACACCAGGUCCGUCCACACGUCCAGCAAUGAGCGUCCAGCUGCGUCCAGCUGCGUCCAGCUGCGUCCUGAAGCUUUUCUCUUCAUUUGUUGUGAAAAUAAACGACAAUCUCUUUUUUUACAUCACACUUCAUCCUUUUAGACGUCAAUAAAGAAGUGAAUACAUCUAUGAGUAUUUUAAAAUACUGUACAUGUAACUGAUUUAACAACUGUCCUAUGUCUACACCACACACACACACACACACACACACACACGUUCACAGAUGAAGUUUUUCAUCUGUGUUUUUUUACCCUCAGAUUCACAGUACAGACAGACAAUGUAGUAUUUUCACAAUCUACUAUUUAUUGAAUGGUAAAUAUAUAUAUAUAUACAGCUUUGUAUUGUGUAGUACUCGGGCCUAUAAAUGAAGAACAAUGCAGUACUGUACACUUGUUUACUUCAUGUACUCGUACUGAGUUCAUUUCAUGUCUUUGAAGAACUGUUGACUAACUGUUUGUUCAGUUGUAGGAAUCGUGUCUUGGUUUAAAACACAACAGAGGCCGUUGUGACGUGAUUUCUCUGGUGACCAGCAGAGGGCAACCUACAGUCCCCCACACUGAGAACAUUGUACUGGGGAUCAUCACGUGAUCACUGAGGAAGAGCAGGCAUGUGACGAGAAACUAGACCGGACCCUGGUCAGUUUCCCAUGAAGACCAGGAAAAUACUUUGACCUUUGACCCCUGCUCUCUGGCUGCUGAGUUCCAGCUGCAGUGUUUUUGCUCCAGUUGAAGAGUCUCCAGAGUCACAGGCUGGAAUGUGGACUGAUGGCCACUAACUUGGUCACUAAACAAUGAGUUAACUAGUUAGCUUAAAGUCUGGGGAACACAACAAUAGGUCAGAGGUCAGAGGUCAGAGUGACGAUGGUCCUGACGA